CCUUCAGAUAGUAAUUCUAAAAUAAAACUUGUAUCCGUGAUACUUUGAUAUGAACAUGGUGAUGAACUUAUCAAGUUUGAGAUGCCAUUCUUUUCAGCACUUGAUCCUUUAUUGACUUGCUCUUUUUUCAUUGUCCUCUGUUUCUUUUCAUACCCAUUGGAGGUACAAAGCCUUAGCAAAUGGUUGCAAGUGAGAGUAAAACCUUGGCCCGAGUUAUUCUUUUCCAAACCUUGCUCAUGUGAUCGAUCCUUAUUGCACUCUACACCGCGAGAGCGGUACCGCCCGUGUCCCUGGACUCUUUGUCAUUUCCUGCUCGUCUUGAGGUCCUGACCCACCGAGGAACAGAUGAAUAACGAGAAGCUUCUCAAGAAGAGAAAGGCCAAUAAGGAUGCUGCCAAAGCUGCGUUGGCGAAGGCGAAGGCCGCUCAGGCUUCUGAGGCCAAUUCCUCGGCUUCUCAGCCUGAUAGAUGCACUGCUGAGGCAGAGCAGGAGCUCAUCGCGAACGUGAUGGGCCAGGGUUCCGAGGCCCUGAAUAUUGAUACUGUCGCUGCCCUGAACGCGACACCUCUGAACGCAGUCCCCCGCAGAGACGGGGAAAAGGCUAAGGAGAAGAGGAUGAAGAGGCCUUGGGGCGAUGCCUCUGCUUCGGGGGCCGAGGACGUCAUGGCGCCCUCCCUUAGUCGUCCGGCAGCUGAUUUAUGGAGGGAGUUUGCCCUCCGGUCCGAGCUGUCCUCACCAUCCGGGUCCUCCUCUGAGGCUGUUAAUGCAAUCUUGACGGACGCCCUUAGCGCGCUUCGUCUCAAGGCUGUUGUGGAUGAUGCCCUGAAGGCCAAAGGCACUGCGGAUGCCGCUUUGAAGAAAGUGCAGGAGGGCGCUCUUCUACAGGCGGCGGCGGCGGCGGAUAAAGAGAAACAGCUGCAGGCGGCCCUGGAUGUGUCCCUCAACAAAGUUGCCGUCUUCAAGAAGCACGACUUUAAACUGGUUCACGUUCCCCCUACUUUUGAGGAUGGUUCCGCUGUUGAUGCUGCUCCUUCCUCUCAACAGGAGGCCUCUGCCUCCCAGUCGCGGGUCGAUAUGACAGGGUACAAGGCUAGUGACGACUUUAUGAUUGCUGCUCAGCGGUACUGCCGAAGGGCUUUCUGCGACGUCUUUGGGACCGAGCUGGUGGCCCAAGAGCCUAAGGACUGCCUGAACUUCGGGAUCCACCUCCUUGAGCGGAAUCCGCUCGACAACCAGUUCCUAUUGGAUGUAGCCGACGAUUCCUUCGACAAGGGCUACGUUGAGGGGGUGAAGGCCAUGCUGCCGGCCUUCGCCAAGCUCGGUGUCCCAGCCUCCAAGCUUGUGGACUAUAUGGAUGACGAGGAUCUGAAGAAGAUCGUUGGGAAAAUCGCGCGGGACCAACGACGUGCUGAAGCCGUGGCCAGGGGUGAGGUCUCGGAGUUGCCAACCCCCAAGCCGGAGCCUAAUGAGGAGGAGGCCGGUCAAGGUGACGCUAGGCCCAAGUCCCCUAACUUUUGUUGAUGUACCCCCUCCCCCUCCCUUGUUUUUUAUGCUUGAACUUUCAUUGUACAUUCCAGCCAGCAGUGCUGAAGAAUGAAGAAACCUUUUUGCCCA